GAUGUUAUACUAGUUGCUGUCGAGCGAAGGUGGUGGUUAUGGAGGGAGGAGGCAGUAAAGGAUGAGAGCAAUCAUAGCUGCUGAUGAACAGAGGGGUGGGGCAUUCGCUUUUGUUGUGGCUCGGCUUGAUUUGGUUUUGGAGUCACCGCGCAUCGAUCAUCGUCCGUCCGUCGACUACUGCGUCACUGGUCUUUGAGCCGAGCGAAACCAAAAGCCAGAAUCCAAAUCCAAAUCCAAGUUCAAAUCCAAAUUCAAACCCAAAUCCAAAUCCAAAGCCAAAGCCAAAAGCCAAGUCAAAAGUCAAAAGCCAAUAAUAAUUACAAGGAUGAUAAUAGUAGUAACAAAGAACAGAGCCCAUCACAGGGAGGGAAAAAAUGGUUAGGGCCAGGUGCC